AUUCCCAUCAGUCUACAAGUGAAGACGAGCAUCAAAGCAUCAGGAAGAAGUGAAAUCUGCAGAGACAGAGUUUAUUGAAGGACAGAGAGAACAUGAGAGAUCCAGAACCCUGCAGAAUCAAACACACUGAAAAACAAACAGAGUUGAUUGAAGAAAAUGAGGAGAAUGAAGAAUUGAAUGAAGAGGAGGAGAAACAUCAUGUCAAAACUGGAGAAAAACCUUUGAGUCGCUCUCAAACCAAACAGAAAGAUUUAAAGAAGAGAAGAGACAAGAAAUCUUUCACCUGCACUCAGUGUGGAACGAGUCUCAGAAACAAAAAUAGUCUUGAGAUUCACAUGAGGAUCCACACUGGAGAGAAACCAUUCACGUGUGAUCUCUGCGGGAAGAGUUUCACACAAUCAUCAAACCUUAAGAGACACAUGAACAUUCACACUGAAGAGGAACUGUAUGAAUGUGAUCAGUGUGGAAAAACAUUUUUGAGGGCUUCAAACCUGAAGGGACACCUGAAAGUUCAUUCAAAAGAGAAACCCCAUUCAUGUUCUUUAUGUGGAAAGAGUUUUUCACUUAAGCAGAAUUUAACAGCACAUCAGAAGUUACACACUGUUGUGAGAGAAUAUAUGUGCUUUGAGUGUGAGAAGACUUUUAUUACAGCUGAAUAUUUGAAACGGCACGAGAGGAUCCACACUGGAGAUAAACCUUACAAGUGUUCACACUGCGACAAGAGAUUUGGUCGGUCAGCACAUCUGAAAUCACAUGAGAGGAUCCACACUGGAGAGAAACCUUACGAGUGUUCACAAUGCGACAAGAGAUUCAGUCGGUCAGCACAUCUGAAAUCACAUGAGAGGAUCCACACUGGAGAGAAACCAUAUCACUGCACUGCAUGCGGGAAGAGUUUCCGUCAUUCAGCUUCUCUACUCAUGCAUAACAUAAAGAUUCACAGUCAGUAGAUCAUCUUCAGAUCCAACACUUUCAGGUGUGACGUCUCAUCCUCACCAAAUGUUACACAAUAAAGCGUCAAGCAAUACAAUCUCUUCUGUAUAAAUCUGACUUAACAAAUAAACAUCAUCUUAAGUC